UCUCACAAACGUUUGCUUUCGUUUUCGCUCAAACACCAGUUGAUACAGGUUGAAGAUCUACAGCCCAGUUUCACACAGCUGACGCUUUUCGGUAAUUAGACGGCUAAAGUAUUCAUUGGAGAUUCUCUCGCACUGUGAUAUCAAUGGAACAGGCAGUUGAACCAAUGGACAUUGACGACAUUUAUACAGCUGGUGAUGAAAGGCCACAGCCUUCAGCACCAUUGGAUGUUGCUAAAUUUAUAAUGAAAGUGGACUGGAGGAAACCAUUUCCAGAGAGAUGGAAGGCAAAAUUACAGAAAGCCCUUCAGAGCUGCUUCCUCAAAACAGAAGGAAAACCUGAUGUCGUCAGCCUUAAACUCAUGGAGGAUCAGUCCUGUGCCGAGGUGCAGAUAACGCCAUCAACAGCUGUUCAGUGGACUGCCAUAGACUCAAUAGUGGAAGAAGCCAAAGAAGAAGGAAUAAUAAUAAGAAGAGGAACACUAAUGGAUAAAAAAGCUCUAGAAGUGUUAAAAAGGCUCAAACAUAUAUCUUUGAGGUUUAAAGAUUAUAAGGAUGGUACAUUUAAGGAAGUCACUGCAUGGAUUGGUCUGGAUGAAGCACAUUUUGUAAAGGACAAUGGAGCACCUUCAACAAAGGUGAUCGGUUCUAUGCCUGUGACUGCAGCAUCAGAAUACACAAAUGAUGUUGAGAACGUGUCUACAUCUAAUAGAGCUUCAAAUAAAGCUAAGUCCAGUAAAACUGCAAUAACGACCCCUGAUACACCAGCUCUUCAGGCUGUCCCCCUCUAUCAGUUCUGGUACAUGCAUCACGCCUACAGAAAGGAGAUGGAGCAAAUUGAGAAACAUCAUGGAGUCUCUAUUUGUGCAGAAGUGUCAGUCUCAAUCAAACCCACCAAGAGCCCAAGCCCUGAUUCUGUGUCUAAAGCCACUGAUGACUUUUACAAACUUGUUCAGGGAUGUGUUGAUAAUUUUAGUCAAGCUGCCAUUAACCAUAAUCAAAUGGAUUCAGAUCUUGUGAAGCAGGCCUUUCGUCACAUCCAGUCGGAGAAGGCAAAGAUGAUGUUCACCAUGUCUGCCAGUGACUGCCUGUUCUUUGGACCGAAGAAACUUACAGACGUGAUUAAAAGAGAGUUUGAAGGAACAAGGGAAAGCCAAUUCAAUGACAAAUCAAGCCAAAUGAAUAAAGACUUUUUUUCUCCACAAAGCAGGAGAAACAUGGACACAAAGGAUCUACCAACUCAUCUAGAGAUGGACACGGUUCAUGGGGAUCUGAUGAAACUUUCCUAUAAGGAGAAAUUAUCACAGCUUGAAACAAAGUAUGGAGUGUCAUUUAAUGAAGAAAAACAGCAGAAAAACUCAACCAUUAAAGUUCAAGCUCGAUCCAAAGGAGUUCAACAUAUUAAUCUUGAAAGUCAUGCCAUCAGAGCUUUAACACAACUCUACCAGAAACUUGCAUCCGCCGCUGUCACCUGUGAACUCCAAAACCCUAGAGACGCAACUCUUGUGGCAUCAGCAGUAGAGAAACUUCAGCAGGAGCUUCAUUGUGUUGUUGCAGAAGAUGCUUCGAGUGGCUGGAGGCUCGUUGGACUGCCAGAACAUCUCGGUCCUGCCAUUGCUGAAAUCGAGAAGAGACUUCAGAAGAGUGUGUUUGAUGACAAGAGGAAGAAAUCGAUUGGUUACUCAGGGGACGUUCCUCAUACAAGAGGAAUCCAAUGGAAUCAGACGCCUGAUUAUGGACCAGGAGCAGUUGGAGGAUCAGUAGGGGAAGAGGGAGUGAAUUUUAAAGGGUGGAGUGAAGCUGAUAAGGGUUUCAUUGAUAAGCUAAAAAAAAAUUCUAGAAAUGACUGUAAAGAUGCUCCUGCUGAAGAGGAGACGUGUUCUAUUUGCAUGGACAGCUUCACAGACAAGAAAAAACUGAAAUGUGGGCAUGAAUUCUGUCAGGAUUGUAUUCGCUUGUCAGUGGAGAGUAUGGGACCCAUCUGUCCUGUGUGUAAGGAAGUCUUUGGGAUUUUGGAGGGAAACCAACCAGAUGGAACAAUGCGUGUAACAAACAGCAGAACGAGUCUUCCUGGAUAUCCACGUUGUGGCACUAUUGAAAUCAACUAUUACAUACCCAGUGGGAUUCAAACGAAGCAUCAUCCAAACCCAGGAAAGCAUUUUUAUGGGGCAAAUCUUCAUGCGUACUUGCCAGACAAUCCUGAAGGAAGAGAAGUGCUCAAACUGCUGCAGAGGGCUUUCAAACAGAAACGGAUCUUUACCGUCGAGAGAUCUACAACUACGGGUGCAGAUAAUGUGGUCAUCUGUAAUGGUAUUCAUCAUAAGACCAACAUGUCCGGUGGGCCUGAAGGGAAUGGCUAUCCAGAUCCUGACUACCUAAAGAAAGUAAAAAAGGAGUUACAGGCCAAAGGCAUUAAAUGAGGAUUUUAUAUAGUCUGCAAAAAUGCAAUUACCUCUGCUCUGGAGCUCCAUGUUUACACAGCUGAAAUACAGUAUAAGACCAAAUUACAAUACUUUUUUUUCUUUAGUAGCUCUUUCAAAUUCAAGUCCCGGUGAUAUAAAUAAGAUUUUGAGAAAGGAUAGAGCAAAAUACACAGCAAUGGGAUCAAUGUAAAUAACUAAUGUCUUAAAACUUGAUGUGAGCUGCAACCGGAAGCUGAGAGAUAAACAGUGGUGUGACGUGGGCUCUGAAUCAUGGACACGUUCUGAAUCAUUUUGAUUGCACAUGUUGGAAGUCCAGUCAGAAGGGCAAUGCAAUAGUCCAGACUAGAAAUGUCAAGGACCUGGACUAGAAGUUGUGUUGCGUGUUCAGUUAGUAAGGGCUGGAUCUUCCUAAUGUUGUACAGUGCAAAUCUGCAUGAUUGUGCUGUUGUAGCAAUUUGGUAUAUUUCAAAUAUUUCUCCAAAUUCCAAAAGUUUAAACCGGAUGGGAUUGUUGUUCCUGAAUCUGGCUCAUUAUGUGGAUUAUGUGCUGUGGCUGUAUGGCUCUCCCUACACCGUCAGUGAGGUGGAUGAGGAGUAGGGUGCCAUUCGGUCACGCUUUUGCCAUGCCCAUCUUAGAGACAGUCUUCCAGCAUGUCCGGAGAUGGAGCCUGUAGCCAUGUCGACUUUGAAAUGGGCAAGUGAGGAGCAGUUAAUAGACUUGAAUGCUGAGCCAGUUCCCACCAUAGUUUCCACCCUAGAACCUCUUCAUCAUCUGCCGCCCCAUCCGGCUGGAUUGAUGUCCCAGUCCUGUCCAAAUUCCUUCCUCUCCCGGUGUUUCUGUCCUGCCUUUAAGCUUCUUAAUCCCAGCCACAUAGGCUGGCCCAAGUUUCUUCAUCCCGACCUAGAUGUCAGCAAAAGCUAUCCUUAGUUACGUCUAGCUCCUUGGCUCAUCCCCUUCUGCUGGUUCCAUCCAGAUCUCCGGCUCCACCUCAGGCUUUCCGGUCCUCCUAGGGCCUUAGAGUACAGACCACCUUGGCCUGUUGACCCUUUCCCGUCUCCUUUGGCUCCACAGUGGUUCGUCAUACUUCGGACUCUGCCGGGCUCCCUCGUCCCUUCGGAACCGUCUUGUUCAGGUGUCACGCAACGGACUUCCAGGCCUCCGGCUGCGUCUCUACCCUGCUCACGCUCCCUGGACUGAUCACCUGCAUGUUUUCAAUCAGCACUUCAAUCAAGUACUGCUUAAAGAGGAAUCAAAUGGAGUCAGAUGAAAGAAAAGAGCCCAUGAGGAGAAAAAAUGAUCAAGAACAACAACAAAAAUAAAAAAUCUCAAAUCACCUUAGAUAUGGGCUUAACACUUAGUCAGUGAUUUAUUUGUAAUGAUUUAUGAUUCUGAUUGUUGGUUUAAAGAUUUUUUGUGAACUGUGUAUUUAUCCUUGACUUGAGUUUAGAACAGAAAUCACCACUAUGCCUCAACAAGAAUAGAUGAUAUUCAGGUAACCUAAAAGGCUGAAAAAAUGUGAUUAAUGCAGUGCAAAUAAAGAAGU